UACUUCUAGCAAUGGCUGCUCUUCGCGUUCCCCUCUCACAGCAGCAGCUUGAGCAGUUAAAGGCAAAUAAAAAAUGGGGCGAGUAUGUUGAGGCACAAGCAGGACAAAAGUACGAACACUUCACAAGUCCCUACAAGCAGUCGAUGCUUACUGUCAAGGAGUGGAUAAUGCCACAAGGAUUGGUGAUCUACGUUAGGACAGAUGAUGGGACCUACCCGGCAAGAGUUGUGAACGCUGGUCCAGACAACAUUUGCGUCCGUAUCGUCAAAGCGAACAAAUCGGAUCCAGAGCCAGAAACUCAAAUCAGCUAUGAUCAAGUCAUUAAGUCCACGGAAGUGCUCAAAAUGGAGCCAUUAAAAUUCAAAUGGAUUCGCAAAAAGACCGACAACCUUUAUUCCAUCGAAGCUUUCCAAAAUUUGUCGGGAUUUUUCAACAAAAAAGUCUUCGAGCUUCUCAAAAAAGGCGAUUUCAUGGAGUAUCAACACGACGAUGAACCAUGGAAAUGCACCAUCGUAGAGAUCAUUGAAAAUCACAACGGACUGAUUUUUAUCAGAAAUGGAUUGUUCGUGAGAUGUGUGCACAUGUUCAGUCCAUUCUGUCAUGAACUCGGCUGGGCUGACAAGUUGAAGGAGACAAAUGACGAAAGAGCUGCUGGGAUGACUUACAAAAUUCUGAUCAAACUGGAGAAUGAUAGGGAUCAGCGGGUUAUCGUGGAUCGUCACAUUUUUCGGAACAAUACGAUUUCGCCUCAUCGAUUUCAGGAUCUUCAAGUCCUUGUCUACCUGGAAGAGGACCAUUUCUACCUGGCACAUGUCAAGUGCAAGACUAGAAAAACAGGCCUGACGGAUUCCUACUUUUUUCAAAUUUCACGUGGAACGGAGCUUGUCAGGGACUCGCUGUUGUCGGAUAACAAGAUGCCUGUGCAAUUCCACUUGAAUGAUGCGAGAAUUUUCGGGUAUCGCGACCUGGAGAGACUGCAUUUUCCGAUUGAUCUACCGGAUGGCGUGCAGAAAAUUGAAGGCGAGAGUAACGUGGACGCCUAUAUCCGAACCUAUUGCCUGACUGAUAAAGAGAAAGCCAGAGUUCCCCGUCUCAACGAAUCUGAAAAGAGAGCAAUGUUUGAUAGGAAAAUUCUAAGCAACGAGAUCGGAGUCCACAUGAAGCACGGAGCAAUGUUGAGGGAUUCGAAGUUCAACCCAACCGCCGGAUCGCUUACGCCUUGGGCUGGAACAAAGUGUGCGGAGGUCUCCUGGUUCCUGCCAUCUUCGGGGAGGACGAGAAAUCGACGUGCGGAUUUGCUCGCUGCGAGAGUUGUCAAGUAUACCGAGCACAUUGCACACUUGUAUGUGGCUAGACUGGACAAGACGAUCUACAUGCAUGUCGCAGAUCCGCGUCUGCACCCUGCUGGAUUCGCCGAUGGCGUCAACCUUCCUAUCGAAUAUUCUGAUGCUUUUGCUAAAGAUGCUGAUAUAGAGAUUCAAAUAAGCCAGCUUGAGGAGACGCUCGAUAAUCUCGCUUGUGAGCAGGAUUCCACAAAGGAUCAGAACUGAUUUUUAAAUGUUUUUCGUUGUAAUUUAAAUGUCGUAUAAUUAUACAAGUGUUUUUUUUCUCUCAUUGUGAAACUAAUUGUAUGAUUAUGGAUUAUUUCCCUUUAUUUUAUGAAAUUAUUUAAGAUUUG